GUUGAAGAAGCAUCCAUGUGUAUGCUAAAGAGAGACCUCAUUACGCCAGACAGCCUGCAAGAGGUAAAAAUAGGUAAAAAGCUCCAAGGAAAAUGUCUCAGAAAUGUCUCCCCCGAGUCUCCUGUUAAGCUUUACUGCUGCUAUGUAGUGAUCAUGGUUCUCACUGUAGCUGUAAUUGCACUCGUGAUUGCUUUGUCAGUGAGCAAAGAAAACACAGCCAUUUCAGGAUCUGGACCUUACUAUUCCACAUGCCCAAAUGACUGGAUUGGAUUUGGAAACAAAUGUUUUUACUUUUCUGAAGAUGUAAGAAAUUGGACAUUCAGUCAGACCUACUGCAUGGCACUAGAGGCCCAUCUUGCUCUAUAUGAUAGCCUUGAGGAACUGAAUUUCCUGAAGAGAUACAAGGGAGCUUCUGACCACUGGAUCGGCCUUCACAGAGAGUCAUCAGAGCACCCUUGGACAUGGACAGACAACACUGAAUAUAACAACUUGGUUCUCACCCAAGGAAGCAGAGAAUAUGCUUACCUGAAUGACAGUGGGAUCAGCAGUGCCAAAAACUACACACCUAAGAAGUGGAUUUGUAGCAAGUACAGCAAAUAUACUUUACAAUGCCCAGAAAUUUUAAACCCAGGAUAG